GCCGCGGAGGGGGCAGCCGGACCCGAGGCCAGCCGACCGGCGGAGCCCCCCGCCCCCCCCCCACACACCGCCCAGGCCCCUCCCGAACUCCCGCCCGCUUCGGUUCAGGUCGGGCGCGGCGCUCACAACAACCCUGCGAGGCCAGCCAUGGCUCUGAUCGAGGGCGUGGGCGACGAGGUGACGGUGCUCUUCGGGCUGCUGUCGGCGGUGCUGGUGCUGGUGCUGGCCUGGGCGUCCACGCACACCGCGGAGCGAGGGGAGCCCGCCUUCGCCUCCGCCCCGCUCGUGGCCCCGCAGGAGGCCCCGCAGGAGGACGGGCCGAGCGGGCAGGGGGCCGGGGCGCGGCCGCCCAAGGAGGGAGACCCCCCGGAGGGGGCUGCCCCGGGCAGGCCGGGCAGCCGUUGGGGAGACCCGCGACACAGGACGGACCCGGGGGGCCCAGAGCGCGCCCCGCCCCCCACGGGAGCCGCCAGCCCUGGGAGCCCCCCCGCCGCCGCCGACAACACCAUCCUCUUGAGGCUGAAGUUCUUGAAUGACACGGAGCGCCUGGCCCGGGUGCGCCCCCACGACACGGUGGGAGCCCUCAAAAGGGCCCACUUCCCAGGCCAGGAGCAGCUGGUGCGCCUGAUCUACCAGGGACAAUUGCUUCGGGACGAUUCGCAGACCCUGAGCGCGCUGCACCUCACCCACAACAGCGUGCUCCACUGCCACAUCCUGCAGCACCAAUCGCCAACCGCGCCUGCCGGGGCCCACGGGAACGCCACCCAGGCAGACACUGCGCACGCUGCCCUCAACGUGGGCAGCCUGAUGGUGCCCCUCUUUGUGCUGAUGCUGGGGGCACUCUGGUACUUCCAGAUGCAGUACCGCCACGUCUUCACGGCAACGGCCACCACCUGCCUGGCAGGGCUCACCCUGGUCUUCAGCCUCGUGGCCUUCGCCGUGUACCGAAGAUAGUGCCUGCCUGCCUGCCUGCAGGAGGGGCGCCCGCGCUGCCCCGGGGCCUGGGACUCUGAGGCGGCCGGCCGCCGUGGGGGGACCUGUGGGGGAGACGUCCGGGACUCCAGCCGGUCUCAGGUGGGGCUCCGCUCCAAAGGGCGGGGGCGGGGCGGGGCGGCCGCCGUCAGCUGAUGGAUGGACACACCUUUCGGAAUUAAAAAGGCGGCUGUGAAGGCAAA